GAAAAUAGGAAACGCGCAAAGCGACAUUUCAUCUUUCUAGUUACUUAUCAUCAUCAUCAUCAUUAUUAUUAUUAUUAUUUUUCGUCCUUGCAUGUUCAAAGAUAAUAAAUUCCAUAUACUUCUCAACGGCAACAGCAACAGUCCGUUUGAUCCCUCAGACAUCAAACCGGCCCGGUUGAUAUCUCAGCGGAAUGGGUAUCAGUCGAACAAUUAGCAUAGUUGGCUGCCACUGCGCGGGCGAAGUUGGCGAUGUCAUCGUUGGAGGUGUUCUCGACCCCCCUGGAUGUUCAACGAUGUAUGAAAAACUGGUCUACUUCCGAGACAAAGCUGAUGAUAUUCGUCAACUUCUCCUGAAUGAGCCCCGAGGCCGGCCGGCCAUGUGCACGAACCUCGUCCUCCCGCCAUGCAAUCCCAAAGCAGAUGCCGGGUUUCUUAUCAUGGAGAGUGAAGAAUACCCACCAAUGUCGGGUGGUAAUACUAUUUGCACAGCCACUGUGCUGCUGGAAACGGGGAUGGUGCCAAUGAAAGAGCCGAUUACCAGGAUGCUACUAGAUACGGCUGCAGGUCCUGUAGGCAUCACUGCCGAAUGUGAGAAUGGGAAGUGCAGGGCCGUUGCUUUUGACAACGUACCUGCGUUCGUAUUCGCUCUAGAUUAUAAGGUCCGAGUACCUGGUCUUGGAAUGAUUUCUGUGGAUAUUGCCUGGGGCGGCAUGAUUUAUGUAGUUGUCGACGCAGCGUCCGUUGGUCUUCGUAUCAACAACAGAAAUGGUCCGAAACUUAUUGACAUCGGCGAGAGGAUCAAACAAGCUGUACAAAACGCAUACACUCCUGUUCAUCCGGAAAACCCGGGGAUUCAAGGAGUCUCUAUUCUCGAGUUUACGGAACCUCUGCGGCAGGAACCAUCAGGAGAAAAAGUAGCUGUUAACACAGUUGUGGUAGCUCCUGGAAGGUUUGAUCGUUGCCCAUGUGGCACUGGGAGCUGUGCUAGAAUGGCGAUUUUACAUGCAAGGGGACAGCUGGAAGUUGGAGAAAAGUUUCAGCAUCGCAGCAUCAUUGGGAGCAGCUUCGAGUGUCAUAUACGAGGUACGACGAAGGUUGGAGAAUAUGAUGCAAUCCUCCCAAGUGUGAAAGGAAGUGCUUGGGUCACAGGGUAUAAGCAGAUGUUCUUGGAUUCUACGGAUCCUUUUCCUCUUGGAUUCAGGGUGGGAGAUCAAUGGCAUAUGUCA